CAAGAGAGACGCUUGACGCUUGCACACACAAUGUUAGUGUAGAGUCGGGACCCCUAUUGAGUAAAACUGCCUUUUUACGUGAUCUCAGCCAUUGCGCUUUUCCAAACUAUGACUGGAGUAUUCGACAGAAGGAUUCCGAGUAUUAAACCAGCAGAUUUUCAAAACCCUUUUCAGCUCUCUACGAUGCAUCACCCAUCUCAGGAAUCUCCAACCCUACCGGAGUCGACAGCCACGGAUUCUGGCUAUUACAGCCCUGCUGGAGCAGUUCAUCAUGGCUAUUGUUCACCAAAUUCGGGCUCGUAUGGGAAACCUCUUAAUACCUAUCAGUACCAAUACCACGGAGUCAAUGGAUCUUCUGGAAAUUACCCUGCAAAGUCCUACCCUGAUUACGGCUCAUACUCUACAGCAUAUCAUCAAUAUGCGGGAACAUAUAACAGGGUGCAGUCACAACCGAGUCCGCAAGCAGAAAAAGAAACAGCCGAGCCCGAAGUGAGGAUGGUCAACGGAAAACCCAAGAAAGUGCGAAAGCCACGCACGAUCUAUUCAAGUUUUCAGCUCGCUGCUCUGCAGAGGCGGUUUCAGAACACGCAAUACCUCGCGCUUCCAGAGAGAGCCGAGCUCGCUGCGUCCCUAGGACUCACACAGACUCAGGUGAAAAUCUGGUUCCAAAAUAAAAGAUCGAAACUAAAGAAGAUCAUGAAAAACGGCGAGUUGCCACCAGAGCACAGCCCCAGCUCCAGUGACCCGAUGGCGUGUAACUCACCGCAGUCUCCCGCGGUGUGGGACUCACAGGGUCCUCAGAGACCUCACCAUCAGCCGCAAAAUAUUAACACAGUGGCAUCGACGUUUAUGGACAACAACAGUUCUCCGUGGUAUUCUUCCACCGGGGUGAUGAAUUCUCACCUUCAGGCACCCGGCACGUUACAACACUCGUUGGCACUCGGAUCAGGAACGUUGUACUGAACUUUGCAUAUUAUUUUGUUGUAUAUCGGACUGGUGUUAACAAUUUUUGAGGAAUAUGCAAUGUAUUAUUAUGGCAGUCAUAGAAGACCGUGUAAAAUGUGUAAAUGUGUGCAUGUAAUUUAUUGCAUUUGGAAGACUUAUUAAAUGUUUUAAAUGGACAA